ACGGAAGUUAUGCUGAAUUUUUCCGCAGCGAAGCACGGUAGGAAGUGGUAGGACUCCAGUUGCCCGCGGAUAGCCACUAGAACGACGCAUUCCUUGUGAAUUCAAUAAGAAGAAAGCGAGGAUGCCAGUGCUGCCAACACUCGCCUUCACUUUCGCUGCUUUCAUGGCCCUUCUGAAUCUGACCACGAUUCAUGCGGCCAGCGAAGAAGAGCACGAGACAAAGAAGGCGAACUGGAAUUGCUGCUUAGCUUGUCAAGAUGCCCCUCAAGCCAUUCACCCAGAACCAACAGUUUAUCCCCCGGAAUGCUUCACCAAGUGCACAUACACUGUAACCAAAUACACCGCAGCCAUUUCCAAGAAGUGCAAAUGUGACCCUGACAAAGAAGCCGCUGCUGCGAAGGCGUCUCGGCUCGAAGACGAUCCGCCGUCCCUCGAUCCUUCAGAGAGUUUGCAGCGGAACCGGAAGUCCCGCGCGAGGAAGUCGACUUCUCGCCUGCGCUGA